AUGACUGAGCUAUUUCAGCUUCUUAAUGAUAUUCAUGACAUCGAUUGGAAGGGAGGUCCAGAUAAUUGGAUUUGGAAGCCUGAUGGGGACGGCGUUUUCAGCGUGAAAUCGGCCAAAAGCCUGCUGCUUAGUUCAUACGAUGCUGUACAGAUUCCGAAGUUUAAUUGGAAGGUGUGGGUACCGAUCAAAUGCAGGAUCAUGGUUUGGCGAGCUGCUCUCAACCGACUCCCAACUAACACUGAUCUCAUAAAACGGGGUGUUAAUCUUCUUUAUUCAGGCUGCACUUUCUGCCAGGUUGGUACCGAAACAGCUUGUCAUCUUUUCACAGGUUGUUCGUAUUCGAAUGAAGUGUGGAAUAGGAUUGAAGUAUGGUGUCGAUUAGCCCCUAAUAUUCUGUUUGAUGUUUCGGAUGUUUUACAAAUGCCGGAGAACCAGUCGCUGAAUAAGAAGGCUAGAGGUAUCUUAAGAGGUAUUAUUUACACGACCUUGUGGGCUAUUUGGAUCGAGCGUAACAAUCGUAUUUUUAAUAGCAAGUAUCGGAAGCCGAUCGAGAUUGUGGAGACCAUUAAAUAUACGACUUUCCUCUGGGUUUGUAAUAGGUCUAGAUGGAAAGAUAUAGAAUGGUCUAGUUGGUAUUUGUACCCCUUGGAUUGA